AGAAUGGAGAUAAAUCUAUUUUACCUGACGGUGCUUUUUUCGAUUAUCGGCUACGUUUACUACCGGGUGACUAAAAACAAUGGCUAUUUCCAUGAUAAACCGAUUCCUUCGCUGGCUGUGAAACCGUUUUUCGGAUCAUCUGCGUCGCUGUUGCUUAAGAAAACCACCUUUUUCGAUUACAUGUCUUACGUAUAUAACAAAUUUCCUAACGUUAAAGUGCUUGGAGUGUUCGACACGACCACACCGAUGUUCCUCAUCCGUGAUCCGCAGCUGAUCAAGCGAAUCGGUGUGAAGGAUUUCGAUCACUUCGUAGAUCAUCGGCCAACAUUCGGAAACAGUGACGAAUCCGACAGUCCGCAUGCUCUGUUCGCAAAGUCCCUGUUCGCGCUAAACGGCCAGCGAUGGCGGGAUAUGCGGGCCACACUGAGCCCUGCCUUCACCGGAAGCAAGAUGCGCCAGAUGUUCCAGCUGAUGGACGAAUGUAUCCAGACGAUGAUGCGCCAUAUGGAAACGAAUAUUAAGCAGAAGGGUUCCAUGGAGGUGGAAGUGAAGGACAUUCUGUCCCGGUUGGCGAUGGAUGUGAUUGCUUCUUGUGCUUUUGGGCUUAAGGUGAACUGUUUUGAAGAUCGUGAGAAUGAGUUUUUGAAGCACGCCAAGAAGAUGCUGCUUUUUGGAAGGCUGACAGUUCUGUUGAAAAUAAUGACCUUUCGAUGGUUUCCGGAGUUUGCCAGUCGGUUUGGGUUUGAUGUGAUUGAUAAGGAACAGGCGGUGUACUUUUCCAGCAUUAUUAAAGACACUGUGCAAACCCGGGAGUCUAAAGGGAUCGUUCGGCAUGAUAUGAUCGAUUUGCUGUUGCAAGCCAAGAAGGGCACUUUGAAGCAUCAACAGGAGACGGAAGUUCACGAGGGCUUUGCUACGGUGCAGGAAUCCGACGUGGGUAAAGUGCAAGGGUUGACCACAAUGACCGAGCCUGAAAUGAUUGCUCAGUGCCUGAUUUUCCUAAUCGGAGGCUUUGACACGGUCUCAACGGCUGGUACCUUCCUUAUUUACGAGUUAAUGCGCAAUCCCGAUAUUCAGGAAAAAUUAUACCAAGAAAUUAUGGAAACUGAAAAGUCCCUGGAUGGAAAACCCCUAACGUAUGAUGCUCUGCAAAGUAUGAAAUACAUGGACAUGGUGGUGUCAGAAGCCCUUCGGAUGUGGCCACCAGCACCGGCACUUGAUCGGCUUUGUGUUCGAGACUACGUAGUGGACGACGGCGAAGGUCUCCGGUUCACCAUCGACAAGGGAACAUGUGCCUGGAUACCCGUCUAUGGAUUGCACUUCGAUCCGCAGUACUUCCCGAACCCGGAGCGGUUCGAUCCGGAGCGAUUCAGCGAGGCCAAUAGAGCCAACAUCAACCUGGACGUCUAUCUGCCGUUCGGUAUUGGCCCAAGAAACUGUAUCGGAUCGCGGUUCGCCCUGAUGGAAGUUAAAGCGUUCGCCUAUCAUAUGCUGCGGAAAUUUUCUUUCCAGCGUAGCGAGAAAACACAGAUUCCGCUACAGAUGAAGAAGGGAUUCGUUGCGGUAGCGGCGGAAGGAGGCGUGUUUGUUCAAUUACAGGCGCGAUCCUAAGCAGUAUUCCGUAUGAGAUGCGAACGAGUGUUUGUUUUCUAAUGAGGAAUGACGGUGAUUGUUUGUUUUUCUCAUUCUAUAAGCGAUCGGAAAAAGAGACAUCCUUUAU